AUGAAAUUGCGGCUUUUCCCUAAUGAGAAACGGAAGGAAUUUCCUGAAGGAUUGAAAAUUAAUUGGAUUGCUUAUAAUGAAGAUAACACGACCGAAAGAGUAUUAUUUGAUAAUCACCAUG